AUGGCCACGUGGUCCGAAACAACACCACAUCUGGCAUAUUUUCACGAUGUCCACUUUUCCAAAUUUCGUAUUACGCAACUCUACACACCACUCGCAACUUCCGUUCUCUGA